AUGAAAAAGGAAACCCUAAGACUCAGGAAGAUUCAAACCACCCCGUUCAUCCUGGUUGUGGUCCUGCUACUCAUUACAUCUCUCGCCAAUAGCCAGAAUAUUUCAGAGAUAGAGGAACAAAUAAAUUUUAGACUGACGAAUAGUUCAGUAAAUUCAUCCAAUAGUGGAAUUGAAAGUUUGGAAUAUACAAAACAGAGUGGUGGGAGAUUAACUUCAAACUCUAUUCUUCAAACUCAUUCUACAAGAGGCAUUCAGCUGAAGAGUCAGAAUAAUUGCUCGAAAUGAUAUCCUCCAUUUUGGGGUUGUGAGAAAGGAGAGUGUGUUCGGCAAUCUGUCUUCUCAUUUAACCAACUUGAGAUUUUCGGAAUAUUCAUAACCAUAAUUAUCAUUGCGAUCAUGACUGCUGUAAAUGUUGGAACUGAAGUUCUCUUGAUUCCUGUUAUUAAGAUAUUCUUUUACUUAAAUUCAAUACACGCUGUUGCUUUAUCUCAGAUCUGUACAGCAGUAUCAUCCUUGAUCAAGCUCUUAAUGAUUUGUAAGCACAAAAACCCACAUAAAGAAACUGCUGUAAUUGACUACAACAUUGCUUCGAUAUUCCUCCCAUCAAUGUUUAUAGGAAGUAACCUUGGCCUGGUCGUGACUUAUUUUCUUCCGAAUUUUGCUGGUUCUACUAUCUUGCUGCUAACACUACUUGCUACAGUUUACAGGAUAUUUCUCAACGGUCUAAACCUCCUUGACCAAAGCAUGACUAAGAAGCCCAACAUGGAGUACACAGAUAUGGCUGACUGAAAUCGCUCCCAUAAUUCAGACGAAGAUCUGAGCUUCUCUGUUGGUGAAGAGAGCGAAUAUGAAAUGACUGAGCUAGCCAACUCAGAUUUCUGCCACCGUGUCAAUAAAGAAAAACUUAAUAUUUCUUUGUCGACGAUUCAAGAAUCUGGAAGCAGUGGAGAUGGAGACUUUGACCUAUCUCCUGGAGGAACGCUCCUACAAAAUGAAAAUGAGUAUUUCCUCUGAAACAAGUUCAAGCUUGUUCUAGUGACAAUUGUGAGGCUCAUUUUUGCAUUGGUGUGAUUAGGAAGUAAAGAUAUUAUGAAUUGGAGCAAGAAAACAAAAGAAGCAUUAAUGUUCUAUGGGGCUCUGAGUGGCAUGCUCUCCACUUUGACCGGCAUGGGAGGUGAGAUCAUAUUUAUUCCUCUACUAUUAUCAUUAGGUGUUCGACAGAAUGUCAGCAUCGCAACAGCAACGCUGUUUGGGUUCUUCAGUUCAUUGUCUAAUGCUGUAUUAGCUGUUUUAUUCGAUGAGGUGUACUAUGAUUUUGCAAUCUGGCUUCUUCUCUGGACCAAUAUUGGCACUCUUCUCGGUCUUUUUGGUCUGAAGAACUUGAUUGAGAGGAUCAGCCAGACUAGUACAGUAAUCUUCAUGAUUGUUAUCUUGCUCUGCAUCGCUAUCUGCACUAUCAUGGUAGAUGAUGUUGUUGAGAUAUGGAAAGAAUUAACUAAACUCUAUGCAAUUAUUUAGUAGAGCUCUUCUAGACCUUAU